UAAGAAAAAGAGAUGCUUAUUUGAUAGCAGUAGUAGGAGGAACGUGCAACGUGGAGACAAGUAAAGAGUUGCUGGACGGAGAGAUGAGAAGAAUGAAGAUUGAAUGCUGACCUGUUUCUUAAAAAUGGUUGUUAAGUAAGUAAACGGUUAUGACCUUAAAAACUACUUUCCCGCGGAACUCAUUGACAUCUUUUUUUCAUUCCUGCCUUCCCCUAAACAAUCAGGCCCAACUGACAGCCUUUCUCUCCUUGUUGAUCCGAUCCUAAUCUGUCAGGUUUGGUGCUUGAUACGUGAAUUGAACCACGUCUAAGUUUCGUUUCUGUACUGUUUUCACUAUGUUAUGCUGUGCGGGAACGGAAGAGGAGAACCAUGGACCCCCUGCUAAUAACCAGUACACAGCCCCACCCAAAGGGGGGAAUCAGUACGGGAAUGAUAGAGGACAACAGAGAAGUUCCCAACCAACCAGGGCUAAUGGUCCUCCAAAGAUCUUACCUAUAGAAAUACCAGCACUGGCCUUGGAGGAUUUGAACAAAAUUACAAACAAUUUUGGACAAAAAUCUUUAAUUGGAGAAGGGUCAUAUGGACGGGUUUUCUACGGACAGUUGCCUACCGGGGAUGUUGCUGCUAUAAAAAAACUAGAUGCCAAUACAUCACAAGAACCAGAUUCUGAUUUUGCAUCUCAGUUAUCAACAGUUUCUAGACUAAAACACGAGCACUUUGUUGAGUUGCUGGGAUACUGUUUGGAUGCCAAUAAUCGUAUCCUUGCUUAUCAGUACGCAACGAUGGGCACAGUACAUGACAUCUUACAUGGUAGGAAAGGAGUACAAGGUGCAGAACCUGGUCCAGUUCUCACUUGGCCCCAACGAGUCAAAAUUGCAUUUGGUGCUGCGAGAGGUCUUGAGUACCUCCAUGAAAGAGUCCAACCUUCUAUAGUGCAUCGGGAUAUCCGGUCUAGUAAUGUUCUUCUGUUUCACGAUUUUACUGCAAAAAUAGCUGAUUUCAAUCUGACCAAUCAGUCCCCAGAUACAGCAGCUCGUUUACAUUCAACUCGUGUCUUAGGAACCUUUGGAUACCAUGCUCCAGAGUAUGCCAUGACGGGGCAGUUAACCCUGAAGAGUGAUGUUUACAGUUUCGGUGUUGUUCUGCUUGAGCUCUUGACAGGAAGAAAGCCAGUCGAUCAUACCAUGCCUAAAGGACAACAGAGUCUCGUUACUUGGGCAACUCCAAGAUUGAGUGAGGACAAGGUUAAGCAGUGUGUAGACCCAAAGCUAAACAACGACUACCCACCAAAGGCGAUCGCCAAGAUGGCAGCAGUUGCAGCAUUGUGUGUUCAGUACGAGUCAGAUUUUCGACCAAAUAUGACAAUCGUUGUUAAAGCUCUCCAACCUCUUCUGGCCUCAAAACCAGCUGGACCUGAUCCCAACAUGUAAACUCAUUACCACUGCUCCUAUUUGGGUUCUUUUUAUCAUCUGUAUCUUCAAUUGUCACAUUCGGUUCUCUCUUGAUUUAGAUAUCUUUGAGAAAGAAUAGCAGUUAUGUCCACUGUCCACUUAAAGAAAAGAAUAGCAGUUAUUUGCUCAACUGUUUGUAAUAGAAAUAAGAAAGAAAAAAAAAAUGUUGCUCUUAGUGUCUGAAAGAGAAGAAGUCUCUUAGGUACAACUCAUAAUAUACGAAUACUGGGUGAUAGAUUUUCUUAGUACCAUAGAUCAUGGUUUGUUCAAGAGUUGAAUGUUCCGGUAUCCUUUUCUGUGGUGAUUAGAACGAAACCAUUUCGAAUUGUAUUCAUUACACUAGUAGUGUUAGCUGAUGUGCUGUUUUGGAAUGUAUGCAGAACAUCUGAUUGUAAAGUUAACCCCUGACGGGAAACAAAGUUUUUUGU